UAGGCCUACACCCUAGUAUUCGCUUGGUAAUACAGUCCAUAUGCUUACUUGGAUUACAAAAUUCCUCAUUGAGUAUCAUGGUUUUUGUGUUUGCACCUUUUUCAAGGGAUCUUUGAAUUGUUUCUGUCAAUCUAUCCGGCAAUGAUCAGAGAUCCGACCAUAACUCCGCCAAUGAAUUAGCCAAAGCCAUCAAAGACCUUCUUUCAGACUCCCCCAGCAGCUCUGGCCGUUUAAUAAUUUUGCCGCCGAAAUUUGUUCCUCAGAAAAAAAAAUUCCAAGACAUGGCGAUAAACGAUGGGGUCAAUAUGGAAAAAGGUGCGCUCAAUCCGAUCACGCUCCCCAACAGGAUCUUAUAUUUGGAAACCAAUCAUUCAUUAUCCUACUGUUCUUUUUCUUUUCCUUUUUCUUUACUAGGUCUUCUCCACAUUUCCGUUUAUAGAUUCACUGAUCUCCACCAUGCACGACGAGACCACUAUCGACGGACAGGAACACAUCGUUACUCAUCCAGUCCCGGAGCGUCUGUUGAACGCUUCCGAGUGUCCUACUCCCUAUGUCACCUCGGUUGAACAAUACCAAAAAAUGUGGAAAGAAAGCGUUGAACAACCCGACGUAUUCUUUGGCAAUUUGGCUCGUGAACUGUUGUCGUGGGAUAAGCCGUUUGAGACGGUCCAACACGGUUCUUUCGAGACGGGAGAUGUUGCUUGGUUUUUGGAGGGUCAAUUGAAUGCGUCAUACAACUGUGUCGAUCGCCACGCUUUAAAAAACCCGGAUAAUAUUGCCAUCAUUCAUGAAGGCGAUGAACCCGAUCAGGUGCGCCGUAUUACUUAUGGUGAAUUGCUCCGUGAAGUAUGCCGUAUGAGCAACGUGUUGAAGAACCUUGGUGUGCGUAAAGGUGAUACAGUGGCUAUUUACAUGCCCAUGAUUCCCGAAACCAUCGUUGCCAUUUUGGCUUGUGCUCGUAUCGGUGCCAUCCAUUCCGUUGUUUUUGCUGGUUUCUCCGCCGAAUCUCUCCGUGAUCGUGUUGUGGAUUGUGCAGCCCGUGUGGUCUUGACUUCCGAUGAAGGUCGUCGUGGUGGACGCAACAUUGCCACCAAGCGUAUUGUCGACGAUGCUCUCGGUAACCACGAAACCCAUGUGGAACAUGUCAUUGUCUACCGUCGCACGGGAUCUCCCGUGCCCUGGAUGGAAGGCCGUGAUUUGUGGUGGCACGAAGAAAUGGUCAAGGCCCGAGCUUACUGCGCUCCCGAGGCCAUGAACGCUGAAGAUCCCUUGUUCUUGCUCUAUACCUCGGGGUCCACAGGCGCUCCCAAGGGCAUCCUCCACACCACCGGUGGUUAUCUUUUGGGCGCCACCGCGACCGUAAAGUAUAUCUUUGAUUAUCAUCCGGGUGACAUCUAUGCCUGUAUGGCCGAUAUUGGCUGGGUCACUGGUCAUUCGUACAUUGUCUAUGGACCCUUGUCGUUGGGUGCCACCACUGUCUUGUUUGAAUCCACUCCUACGUACCCUAAUCCAUCUCGUUUCUGGGAUCUGAUUGAAAAACACAAGAUCACUCAAUUCUACACAGCACCUACGGCUAUUCGUGCUCUUCAGCGCUUGGGUGAUCAGUGGCUGGAAAACCACGAUCUUUCGAGUUUGCGUGUGAUUGGAUCUGUGGGUGAACCCAUCAACCGUGAAGCCUGGGACUGGUACAACGAAAAGGUCGGCAAGAACCGCUGUGCGGUGGUCGAUACUUAUUGGCAAACCGAAACGGGUUCCAUCAUCAUCAGUCCUUUGCCUGGUGCCACCCCAACCAAACCUGGUUCGGCUACCUUGCCUUUCUUUGGUAUUGACCCCGUCUUAUUGGAUCCUACCACCGGCAAAGUGUUGGACAAGGAAGGUGAAACCGGUGUGCUGGCCAUCCGUCGCCCUUGGCCCUCGAUGGCUCGUACCGUUUACAACAACCACGCUCGUUUCUUGGAGACCUACCUGAAACCCUAUCCCGGUUACUACUUUACUGGUGACGGUGCUUUGCGAGACAACGAUGACUAUAUCUGGAUCCGCGGUCGUGUUGAUGAUGUCAUUAAUGUGUCUGGCCAUCGUUUGUCGACUUCCGAAAUUGAAGCUGCUUUGAACAAUCACGAGUCGGUUGCGGAAUCGGCUGUGGUUGGUGCUCACGAUGACUUGACAGGUCAAUCCAUCCACGCAUUUGUGUCGCUGAAACCUCACAUUCAGAGCAUGGAAGGUUUAGAACGUGAAUUGACCUUGCAAGUUCGCAAGAUCAUUGGUCCUUUUGCUGCUCCCAAGCGCGUGUACAUUGUAACGGAUCAUCCAAAGACCCGCUCUGGUAAGAUUAUGCGUCGUGUGCUUCGCAAGAUUGUCAAUGGUGAACAGCACCAGUUGGGUGAUACAUCCACUUUGGCCGAUCCUGCGGUCGUCCCUGCUUUGAUUGCCAAGGUUCACGGCACCAAUACCGCCUAAGAAAUUAUUGCCCUUUCUAUAAUGUUCUUCUUUUUACUAUUAUCUGCUUCUCUCUUUAUACGUAUUCUAUUGCCUGUACACAACAACUAUUUAAAACCACACACUCACCUUGC